UCUAUAGGUAGUUAUUAUGUUAAUAUAAUAAUUGUUAAUAGUAUUUAAAUUAUACAAAACGUUUCCUGACUUGGGCAUUUUAUAGAAGCUGGGAAUUAUUAAAUAAUUAUUUUUAAGAGAGAGAGCAUUUGAAAUCCCACACGAUUGAGCCCGAUAAAGAAUGACUUAAAAUUGCCUCUGCACAUGUAGCCAUCUGACGGUGAGCAGACAGAUAUAAAACCAUAAAUUGGCGCUGAUUUCAGCUGCAGAUACAGAUACUUUAGAUAUAACGUGGCUAUCUGCACCAGGCAUAGACAAUUAUAAACAACAUGUUUUGGUAAUGUUACGCUUAGAUUCGCGGUACUACAAUGUUUUCCAAACAAUGGACACAGACACGGCCAAUACACUUGUCCUGCUAGAUAGUCCCCAUCGAUGGGUUCAUGGCGCUUUAUCACCACCACGGGACGUAAAUCAAUAUUAGGCUUAUCUUGACCAGCUGUGAGAAUUCGAGCAGGCCGCGUUCCCAACGAUAUUGGCCCUCAACCAUGGCAGAAACUGGUAACCAGCAAGCUCACUCGACUUCCACUUUCCGCACGCCAUGGGUUACUGGUCGGAGACUCGGGCCUGGCUCUUCCGCGAUCCAGCUAAGCUCAUCCGCUACCUGGUGCUCUUCGCCUGCUGCAUUGUGGUCAUUGUCCAGUUGUACGAGUGCUUCGCCAAGCUCUACAAUCCGCCCAUCUCCACUCAUUCCUACUACAGCCUCAACGAAACCAUCGAUAUGCCAGCGGUCACCAUAUGUCGGGAACCACCCUAUAAAGAGGAGGUCCUUACAAGACUAUCCGGCGGUGCCUGUCCCCAUCCAAAGUAUGCAACCUGCUGGAUGAACUAUCCUUUUGGAGAGAUUUCUCUGGAAGAGUUUUUUGAAAAUAGCACACACGAUAUGGGCGACACCUUUGUAUUUUAUGGACUUAAUGAAGAUCCAAACAAUGUGGAAGUGAACAGCAGUCUACACUUUUACAUGGGUCGUUGUUAUACCCUCCGACCCAAGGAGCCCGCCAAGAGGGUAUCAAAAGCGGUGGGUUAUUCCCUGAUGCUGGAACAUUCCAUGUCGACCACUUCCACCAGCGAUGUGGAUACAGGAGGAGUCGGCUGGCAUGUCUUUAUACACGAUAAAAAGGAGAACUUCACAGAGAUCAACAUGAAGGGUUCUGGGCGUGUGGAAUAUGUUUUUGUCAGUGUCAAUGAGGAUAUCGAGAUUAAGCUGCAAACCCAAUACUUCUCCAAUGUGCAGACCCGCGAAGAGGCUUGUUCCAAUGAUGAGGAUUACAGUGAUUUGAAGUGUGGUGAGCAGUGCAUCUGGCAGGAUUUGGCUGAUAAUAUGCAGUGUUCAGGACCCUGGAUGCACGAAAUUGAGAAUGAACCCUGUAACGAUUCUGUUUCGAUAAGGAAAUUAAUAUCGGAUUAUAAGGAUGUAUAUGAAAAUGAGGAUGACUUCGACUGCGAUUGCAUUCAGCCUUGCCACUCGAGGAUCUACACGACCUUCAUACAAAAUCGCAAGGCCUUCAACCAACCAGAGCCCCGCACCCAAAUCUAUAUAUACUACACAACAAAACUGAUAUCGAUGAUUGAGGAGCGUCCCAGCUAUGACACCACCCAAUUUAUAGCGGAUGUGGGUGGUUCCCUUGGUUUUCUGCUGGGUCUAUCUGUUUUGGGAUUGAUAGGAAUACUAGAACACAUGACUCUCUUUUUCUGUGGCGGAUUCAUUAAGAAGAUGCAACAGAAGGAGCAGGAUAAAUUGGCUAAAAAUUCCGAAGAUGGUCAGUCCCAAGCCAGCGAUGAGACCAUCGAUAUAGCCAUUGCUUAUACAAAGAAGGAGAAGAAGGCAACCAAAUUUUGAGUGAAAAACCAGCUGGCUUGGUUUACCAUUAUAACUCGGAAGUAAAAAAAACUAUUCAAGUUCACUUCUUACAUGUAAUCAACAUUACGAACAGCGUUACAGUUUUCUUAACCUAAAACUUAACUUAAUACAGAUGCACUCAAAUAAAUAUAUUUCGUACGCUUAAGAAACCAGAAGAGUUUUUAAAACGGUUAGAGAACUUUCCUUUUUAUACCCUUGCAGAGGGUAUUAUAAUUUUGGUCAAAAGUGUGCAACGCAGUGAAGGAGACAUCUCCGACCCUAU